AUGCCAUCACACCAUCGAUGCCGCGCUGCUGAAGAGAGUCCCCCACCCACAUCCCCUCCAGCUUUCUCCACAAAACAGCAGCAAGUUCAUUGCGAGAAGGAGUAUGGGAAAGUGGCCGCGGGGGUCGCGGCGGUUUUCGCGGUGGCCGAGGCGGAGGACGCGGGGGUUUCAGAGGAGGGAGAGGAGGAGGAGGAGCAGACAACGCUCGUCGUAGCAGCAGCAGGAGAUGCAGCGGCAAGCACUGCAGCAGCAGCAACCGAAGCAACAGCAACAGCAGCAGCAACAGCAGCAGCAACAGCAGCAGCAACAGCAGCAGCAGCAACUUUGUUUUUUUCUGUGUCGCAGGAGGCGGGAGAGGUGAUGCACGCAGCUGAAAAUGAGUUAGUUGUGAAGGGUUUACUGCAGCAGCAAGUCCCUUACUUUAAUGGGCGUAUAUUUUUAUCUAAUAAAGAAGAAAUAGGAAGAGUUGAUGAAAUACUAGGACCCAUCAACGAAAUGUAUUUUUCGGUGAAGCUGAAUGACGGGAUAAAGGCCUCUUCGAUUAAACCCUCAACCAAAGGGGAGGAGGCCCCGCCCGCGGGGGCCGAGGAGGGUUUAGGGGGGGCGGCGGCAGGGGAGGGGGGCGGCCACAAAGAGGAGGGUUUAGAGGGGCGCCACGGGGUGGAGGGGGUGGUUUCAGGGGAGGAAGAGGAAGAGGACGCUAACCAACCACAAACUCCAGCAGCAGCAGCAGCAGCAGCAGCAGCAGCAGCUGCUGCUGCUGCUGCUGCUGCUGCGGCUCAACGAACUGCUGCAGCAGGAACGACGAAAGCCGCACUUGACGCGGCUCCUUACACCGGACCAGCAGCAGUUGCUGCAGCAGCUGCUGCUGCAGCAACAGCAGCAGCGGUAGCAGCUGCUGCAGCAGCACCAGCAGCUGCAGAAGCAACAGCUGCAGCAGCACCAGCAGCAGCAGCAGCAGCAGCUGCUGCUGCUGCUGAACUUGCUGGGGGUCCUAUUCGCACAGCUGCAGCACCAGUUGCAGCAUCAGCACCACCAGCUGCAGCAGGAACUGCAGCACCAGCAGCAGCAACACCACUAGCUGCAGCAGCAGCACAAGCUGCAGCAGGAACUGCAGCAUCAGUACAAGCUGCAGCAUCAGCAGCUGCAGCAAUUAUCUUGGGGUUUCCACUUUGUAUGCAUUUGCUGCUGUCUGAGGGGGCCGGUGGUUGUAGCAGUAGCAGCAGCAGCAGCAGCAGCAACAGCAGCAGCAGCAGCAGCAACAGCAGCAGCAGCAAGCUGUAA